AUGUUGUGUUCAAGGAGGAUAUCGUACGCUCUCCGUCGUGCUGGGGUGGCAGGGGGCCGAACCUCUUUCACUAAUUACCCACUUCUUCGCCCGGGCAUCGCGCAUUUCUCAUCCUCGACGAGCCAGCGUUUUCCCGAGGCCGCCAGCGCACCGAACUCCAAACAAGUAAAAUAUACUACUGAUGCAUAUCCUAAGCUGAAACGAAAUCCGAAUUUUGCGCAAUUGACCGGGGAACAUGUUCAGUAUUUCAAGGAGCUGCUUGGAGAAGGCUCGGCCGUGGUGGAUGGAGUUACAACCAAUGCAACCGAUGAUAUCGAACCGUUCAACCGUGACUGGAUGAAAAAGUACCGAGGACACGCGAAGCUGGUGCUAAAGCCGAAAACGACUGAGGAAGUGAGCAAAAUAUUACGGUACUGCAAUUCGCAGAAGCUGGCUGUUGUACCUCAGGGUGGAAAUACGGGUCUGGUGGGCGGAUCAGUCCCUGUGUUCGACGAGAUUGUUGUCAACCUCUCUCGUAUGAACAAAAUUCGGUCUUUCGACGAGAACUCAGGAGUUUUGGCUGUGGAUGCCGGAGUGAUACUGGAGGUUGCGGAUACCUAUCUGGCGGAGAGAAAACACAUAUUCCCUCUGGAUUUGGGUGCAAAGGGUUCAUGCCAAAUUGGCGGUAAUGUUGCAACAAAUGCCGGUGGACUACGUUUGCUCCGGUACGGGAGCUUACACGGAAACGUUCUCGGGAUUGAGGCGGUAUUGCCUGAUGGUACGAUAAUGGAGGACAUGUCGCUGCUGCGAAAGAAUAACACUGGCUAUGAUCUUAAACAAUUUGGCUCCAAUGGCGAACACGACAAUGAAAAGCUCGAGGCAUUCUUGGAGCACGUUAUGGGAGAGUCUAUUGUGGCGGAUGGUGUGUUGGCCCAGGAUGAAACACAAGCACAAGCUCUCUGGCGCUGGAGGGAAGGAAUCACAGAAUCUCUCAGCCAUCUAGGUGGCACGUACAAGUACGACGUGUCGAUACCACUAACAGAGCUCUACCAACUUGUUGAAGAUACGCGAGAUCGACUCACCAAAGCUGGCCUUGUUGGAGAUGGCGACAGUUUCCCGGUCCGUGAAGUUGUUGGUUAUGGACACAUGGGUGAUUCCAACCUUCACCUGAAUGUUGCUGUGCGCCAGUAUAGCAAGGAAGUCGAGAAGAUGAUUGAGCCUUGGGUGUACGAAUGGAUAUCAAAACGUAACGGCAGCAUAAGCGCAGAACACGGCUUGGGAAUUGCAAAGAAGGAAUAUAUUGGAUAUACAAUGGCGGACGAAAGUGGGAUGGCAGCAAAGUACCAGAUGCUCGAGGAGCUCGGGAGUGGAAGUUUCGGUACUGUCUACAAAGCAAUUGAUAGAGCUACCGGAGAGAUUGUCGCCAUCAAACACCUUAAACCGGGGGUAUUCAACGAGGCGCAUAUCGCAAUCAUAUGCCAGCAGCUUCUGCUUGGUUUAGACUACCUCCAUCAAGAGGGUAAAAUCCACCGUGAUAUUAAGGCAGCGAACGUUCUUCUCUCGCAUACCGGAAAGGUAAAGCUGGCAGACUUUGGUGUCGCAGCCCAGCUCACCAACAUCAAGUCGCAACGGAACACUUUCGUGGGAACCCCGUUCUGGAUGGCGCCGGAAGUUAUUCAACAAGCUGGGUAUGACUUUAAAGCAGAUAUUUGGUCCCUUGGCAUCACAGCAAUGGAGAUGAUAAACGGCGAGCCACCUCACGCGAGUACACAUCCAAUGAAGGUGCUAUUUUUGAUACCAAAGGCCUCUGCCCCACGCCUGGAAGGCGCUGCAUACAGCUGGCAGCUCAAAGAUUUCAUUGCACAGUGCUUGGAGAAGGAUCCCGACAAGCGUCCCACGGCAAAGGAACUCCUAAAGCAUAAGUUCAUCCGCGGCGCAGGCAAAACCGAGGCCCUCCAAGAACUUAUUCAACGACGUCAAGAAUGGGAGGCUACUAAAGGCCUCGCAGCUAAUAUUAAAUAUUAUGCUGAGCCAAUGGAUACACUCACGAAUAAAAACGUUGAUGAUGAUGCUUGGGUGUUCGAUACGAUUAAACCCGGUGCUGCAACUCCAUCUAAGGGUUUACAUAUUAAGCAGCAACCCUCGGCACCUUUUGCAGAAGAUAUCGAUGAACCAUCAGAAUCUAUGCGCAAUCUAACUCUCGAAAACGAAGGCUCUGGUCCAAAGCCUGUUGCGAACUCGACUGUUCGCCGUACCCGGGGCACUGGAUCCCAAACUGUCGACGGUUUUCCCAAAGCCAGCCCCAGAGACACCACAAAAACCAAAGCUGACGACGGCAAUCCGCUCAAGUUCAGUCAGACCAAGGCUGGAACCCUACAGGCAACAUACCUGGCCAACACCCAAUUGGAAUGGAGCACACAAAACAACUUGCCGAUGUUCUAUAUACUCGCUGGACCGACGGGCUCCGAAACAGAUGGCCAGCCGUAUAAUCCUUCGCGACAGUGA